CCUCCCCCGUCAGUUGUUCAGUAAUUUCCAUGUAAAGGAUUCUAUCAGAAUUCCGCAAUCCGAUCUCCGUCCUGUCAGCCAGCCAAUUUACCAGUCACCACUAACCACCAUGGCCGAGAUAUCUUCUUCCAUCCCGACUCCCCCGCACUGCACCGCCGAUUUCUGCUUGAUCCCGAUCGGUACAUCGUCCCCAUCCGUGUCCGCCCAAAUAGCCGAUGUUCAGCGCCUUAUCGAGAAAUCCGGCCUGAAAUACGUCAUGCAUUCGGCGGGGACUACUCUUGAGGGUCCUUGGGAUAGAGUUCAUCAAGUGAUUGGUCAGGCGCAUACGAUCUUACACCAGCAGGGUGUUGUUAGAAUCCAGUCGGAUAUUCGUGUUGGAUCGAGAACCGACAAGGAACAGUCGUUUGAGGAUAAGGUGAAUAAGGUGCGUGAGUUGUUGAAGAAGGAUUGAGGGGUGAGAGACGUCAAUGUAUUAUACUCCAUUGGUUGAGAAUGAUCCAGCAAUUGUACUUGCACAUGCGAUCGCUUAUGGACAUGGUAAAAAUGGUCCUAUCAGUUAGGUACACUAUCCAAGUUGAGAGAAUCAUCCAAACGCCGCGCCCUUAUACCCGAUUUAUAGCCAAAGAAUGUCAUGAGGCUCGUCCAAACUUCAAAUCCAGCGCUGAUCUGUGUAACUGCGGAAAUGUUGAAAUAUACUAAAUAUGCUAGUAACCCCGGAAGGUAGAAAGAAAGGAUGAAGAAAGAAGGCCGUAGCGUUCGGCUUAGAUCGCGAUCCCGCCACCUAGUAGACUUCCCCAAUCCCCGC